AUGGCAUACCAGAUCUUUCCAAAGAACCAGACGAGACCAGCGACUUCUUCAUCUUUGUCUCCUCCCCCGACCAACCGUCACCCUGCGCGGCCUCCUAUACACCCCCCUCCAGUCCAACCGCCUCAAUCAGCUGUCGCAAACACGUCUGGCCCGAAACACUCAAAAGAAGAUGUCUUUGUCCCAUAUCCUCAAGAUAUUCCAGCUAGUUUGGCGACUCCACAUCCCCAUAUAACAGUACAGAAAGUCAACACAGCGCAUAUCCCUUCCUUGACGCGGAUCACGGGCUUACUUCUUCCCAUCCGCUACCCAAACUCGUUCUACACAGCUAUUAUAACGGAUCCAGUGAUUGCCUCUCUUUCAAGGAUUGCUAUCUAUCAUGAUCACCCUGUUGCUGCGGCCCCAGGGUGCGGCGCAUCUGCUGGGACGGACAAAGUGAUCGGGGGCAUCCGGUGUCGGCUAGAGAGAAUCGGACAGGCAGAGGACUCAAACAAAGAGACCCAAGUCCAAGGGAAAAAUUGCCCCACAAACAUCUACAUCCAGACCCUACACCUUCUCUCACCAUACCGUGGCUGCGGUGUGGCUGCAUCACUGUUGAAUUCGCUUCUCUUUGCGUCGCCGCCGGACCGCAAGGGCAAGGACUCAUACCAGGUAUCUGAGCUUGUCAGGCACUACAAUAUCCGCUCUGUUACAGCACAUGUCCAUGAGGCAAACGAAGAGGGAUUAAAAUGGUAUAUUGCGCGUGGAUUUAGGGUCGACGGUGACAUAGCCGAAUACUAUCGGCGACUGAAGCCGUCUGGCGCGAAGAUCGUACGACUAGAUUUGAACUGGAAUGCAGAAGAUGAAACAUAUGCUCCGACAGAAAGCAAUGCUCAGACCAUGACUUCUCCCGGCGAAGUAGAAGACGAGGACUGGGAGAAGGUGGAGGCGGAGGAUGGCGAAGAAGGUGACCAUGGGAUACAGCAUUUGAACGAGUCGCAAGUCCUUGAAAACCAGGAUACACCUUCGCGCAAGCGCAAGGCUGAAGACGACAAUCACAAGCGUCAAGUGGAGUGA